GUCCUCUAACCGGAGUGAAGCCACUUCCGGUCUCCCGGCGCCUUCCGCAGUCCUCUUCCGGGUGAUGGCGGCCGGGUGCCCCGGAUGUAGCCCCUGGCGCAAGCAUCUCUCCUUUUUUCCACCCUACCUCCCGCGGAUCCCCAGCUUGAGGAACGCCUCCUCUGCCCUGUCAUGCCAAAGAGGAAAGUGACCUUCCAAGGCGUGGGAGAUGAAGAGGACGAGGAUAUUAGUGUCCCCAAGAAGAAGCUGGUGGACCCUGUGGCUGGGUCAGGGGGUCCUGGGAGCCGCUUCAAAGGCAAACACUCUUUGGACAGCGAUGAGGAAGAUGAUGAUGAUGGGGGGUCCAGCAAAUAUGACAUCUUGGCCUCAGAGGAUGUAGAAGGUCAGGAGGCAGCCACACUCCCCAGCGAGGGGGGUGUGCGGAUCACACCCUUUAACCUGCAGGAGGAGAUGGAGGAAGGCCACUUUGAUGCCGAUGGCAACUACUUCCUGAACCGGGAUGCUCAGAUCCGAGACAGCUGGCUGGACAACAUUGACUGGGUGAAGAUCCGGGAGCGGCCACCUGGCCAGCGCCAGGCCUCAGACUCGGAGGAGGAGGAUGGCUUGGGCCAGACCCCAAUGAGUGCCCAAGCUCUCUUGGAGGGACUUUUGGAGCUCCUAUUGCCUAGAGAAACAGUAGCUGGGGCACUGAGGCGUCUAGGGGCCCGAGGAGGAGGCAAAGGGAGCAGCAAGGGGCCCGGACGACCCAAUUCCCCACAGCGCCUGGACCGGCUCUCUGGGUUGGCCGACCAGAUGGUGGCCCGGGGCAACCUUGGCGUGUACCAGGAAACGAGGGAACGGUUGGCCAUGCGGCUGAAGGGUUUGGGAUGCCAGACCCUGGGAGCCCACAAUCCCACACCCCCGCCCACCCUGGACAUGUUCGCUGAGGAAGUGGCAGAGGGGGAACUGGAGACCCCAACCCCUACCCAGAAAGGAGAAGCAGAGUCACCGGGAGAUGGUCUGGUGGAUGUGAUGUGGGAAUAUAAGUGGGAGAACACAGGGGAUGCCGAGCUGUAUGGACCCUUCACCAGCGCCCAGAUGCAGACCUGGGUGAGCGAAGGCUACUUCCCGGACGGUGUUUAUUGCCGGAAGUUGGACCCCCCCGGUGGUCAGUUCUACAACUCCAAACGCAUUGACUUUGACCUCUACACCUGAGCCUACUGGGGGCCCAGCUUGGUGGGCCCUUCUUUCCUGGACUUUGUGGAGGAGACCCCCAAGUGUCUCAGGCAGUGAGGAAAUUGGAGGCCAUUUUUCAGUCAAUUUCCCUUUUCCAAUAAAAGCCUUUAGUUGUGUAUUA